UGCUCUUGCAAUUGAUCGCCCAGCCCCAGCGCCUCUGCUCGCCCCCUCCCCGUGAUUGCAAACCCCUCUCGAGUUAUCCGCCUCCAUGAGCUCUGGCGAAGGCAAGCAGACCAAGGACGCCAAGGGCACUGGUUCGUCCAAAGGCCAGGCCAAGAAGAACAAAGCCGCGAGCUCGGAGGCUUCUGUUCCUCCGUCGGCUCCAGCGGCUCCAGCGGCCUCUGGCCCGUCCAACCCCAGCGCCGUGAGCGAUCUCCAGAUCCAAAACCUGCUGCAGAUGCUGCAAGCUUCAGCCCGCACGGAGGAGCCCGUCUCUCGCCGUGGAGCCAAGUCCAUGGACGAAUACAAGUUCUGGCGCACGCAGCCUGUCCCAAGAACAGAUGAGGUGAUUGUCGACAACGGCCCUAUCGAAGCGGACAAACCCAAGGAUGAGAUCCGUGCCCAGCCCUACAAUCUCCCCAAGGACUUUGCCUGGUGCACGAUGGACAUCGAAAACGAAGCCGAGAUGAAGGAGGUCUAUGAACUUUUGACGUACAACUACGUCGAGGACGACGACGCCAUGUUCCGCUUCGACUACUCGGCUGCAUUCCUGAAGUGGGCACUCAAGCCUCCUGGAUGGAAAGCCUCCUGGCAUGUUGGCGUCCGGGUCGCGUCGUCCAAGAAGCUUGUUGCUUUCAUCAGCGCCAUUCCGGCAGAGCUGCGAAUCUACGAUCACCACCAGCAGCUCGUCGAGAUCAACUUUUUGUGUGUCCACAAGAAGCUGCGCUCCAAGAGACUGGCGCCUGUUCUGAUCAAGGAGAUUACCCGUAGAGUUCACUUGGAGGGGAUCUUCCAGGCUACCUACACCGCCGGCUCGUACUUGCCCAAGCCCGUGUCGAUUUGCCGAUACUACCAUCGCUCGCUCAACCCAAAGAAGCUCAUCGAGGCCAAGUUUUCGCAUCUCGCUCGCAACAUGACGAUGGCCGGCACGAUUCGCUUGUACAGGCUUCCGGAGAAACCGCUCACGCCUGGGUUCAGAAGCAUGACGCAGCAAGACGUCCCUAGUGUCGUCAAUCUGCUCAAGGAGUACCUGUCCCAGUAUGAUCUGUCGAUCUCGAUGAACGAGCAUGAGGUUGCUCACUGGUUCCUUCCAGUGCCCGAGGUCGUGUACAGCUACGUUGUCGAGAACCCAGAGACUGGCAAGGUGGAGCAGUUUGUGUCGUUCUAUGCUCUCAAUUCGUCUAUUAUUGGGCAUCCGGUGCACAAAUCUAUCAAUGCCGCGUAUCUCUUCUACUAUGCCCCCAAGGACCAAGGGAACGACACUGCGGCGAAACAGGCUUUGAUCAAAGAUGCGCUAAUCAUGGCCCGCGAUCAUGGCUACGACGUGUUCAACUGCCUCGAUUUGAUGGGAAACAUGUCGUUCCUCGAGGAACUCAAGUUUGGCAAGGGCGACGGCAACCUCCACUACUACCUGUACAACUACCGAUGCCGAGAUGUGUCGCCCGAGAAGAUGGCCCUGGUGCUGUUGUAAAUGCGGCCAAGCGGAUCGCAAAUUAUGUGAAAUCUGUGGUGUGAAGGAGAAUCUUUGGGCACUCGAAUACAUUCAUGACUGCCUGAGUUGAGGCAAACGA